AUGUCUGAAAGUACCAGCUCCAAGGUUGGCCAUACUCUGGCCAAGGUGCUCAGAAUCAAUCUGGAGGAGAAGAAUUACUAUGUCGCUGAGGCGAAUAGUCCUCAUGCAUAUGUUGAUCCGGAUCCCACGACAGGUGAAUGGAUUCGAGCUCACACCCCCACACGCCGCCAGGUUGGCCGAUACUUUUACAACAUCUUCCCUUUCAUUCACUGGAUUGGUUACUACAAUCUGCAGUGGCUUAUCGGAGAUCUGGUUGCCGGUAUCACCGUCGGCGCUGUGGUUGUUCCCCAAGGCAUGGCCUAUGCCGAGCUCGCCAAUCUGAAGCCUGAGUAUGGUCUGUACUCUUCCUUCAUGGGUGUCUUAAUUUACUGGUUCUUCGCUACUUCCAAAGACAUCACGAUCGGACCUGUUGCAGUGAUGUCAACCCUGGUCGGAAAUAUUAUCAUCAAGACACAAGCGGAGCACCCGGAGCUCGAGGGGCCUGUUAUUGCAUCAGCGCUGGCAAUUAUUUGUGGUGCUAUUGUGGCCGCUCUCGGGUUCCUUCGACUCGGGUUUAUCGUCGACUUCAUCCCCCUACCUGCGAUUACCGCGUUCAUGACCGGAUCUGCCAUCAAUAUUAUCUCUGGUCAGGUUAAAACAGUCCUCGGUGAGACUGCAAGCUUUUCAACAAGAGAUGCCACCUACAAGAUGAUUAUCAACAGCUUAAGAUACCUGCCAACCACUCAGAUGGAUGCGGCGAUGGGACUCACGGCGUUGGCAAUGCUGUACAUCAUUCGCUUUUCAUGCAAUUACGCCGCCAAGAAGUAUCCUCAAAGAGCGAAGACUUUCUUUUUCAUCUCUACCCUACGCACCGCUUUUGUGAUCCUUUUCUAUACGAUGAUCAGUGCUGCCGUUAACCUACACCGUCGCGACAACCCUGCCUUCAAGAUUCUGGGAACCGUUCCUCGAGGCUUUAAGCAUGCCAAGGUACCAGAACUCAACAGUGAAAUUAUCUCUGCGUUUGCGAGUGAGCUACCCGCGGCUACUAUUGUGCUUCUGAUUGAACAUAUUGCCAUCUCUAAAUCAUUCGGUCGCGUCAACAACUACAAAAUUGAUCCGUCUCAAGAAUUUAUUGCGAUCGGUAUUUCCAACCUCCUUGGCCCUUUCCUGGGAGGAUACCCUGCUACUGGUUCAUUCUCCCGCACUGCUAUUAAAGCUAAGGCUGGUGUUCGCACACCUCUUGCUGGAGUCAUCACUGCUGUUGUCGUCCUCCUUGCAAUUUAUGCAUUGCCAGCCGUUUUCUUCUACAUCCCCAAGUCCUCUUUAGCAGGCGUCAUCAUUCACGCUGUCGGUGAUCUUAUAACGCCUCCAAGCACGACCUAUCAAUUCUGGCGAGUCUCGCCUAUUGAUGCCAUCAUCUUCCUGAUGGGUGUCAUCGUGAUCACUUUCACUACAAUUGAAAUUGGAAUCUAUUGCACGAUCUGUGUCUCCCUUGCUGUUCUGCUGUUCCGCCUCGCUAAGGCCCGUGGCCAAUUUUUGGGCCAAGUCAAUGUUCACUCCGUUGUCGGAGAUCAUGUUUUGGAAGAGCACGCUGGCCCCCAGGGAGUUGCAAUUGGUUCACGAAGCGCCUACUUGCCGACCUCGCGUGAGGAUGGUUCUAAUCCCCAUGUCAAGAUCCAACAACCAGCACCAGGCAUAUUCAUCUACCGACUAUCAGAGGGUCUCAAUUACCCCAACGCAAACCACUACACUGAUUUCCUUGUUGACCACAUCUUCCAAAACACUCGCAAGUCUGAUAUAGAUGCGGAUACCAACCCUGGUGACCGGCCAUGGAAUGAUCCUGGACCCCGAAAGGGCGAUCUCGAUCGUGAAACAUUGCUGGCCCUCCCGACCCUUCAAGCAGUCAUCCUCGAUUGCGCUUCCGUGAACAACCUCGACGUCACUUGUGUUCAGACACUCGUCGAUGUCAGGAAUCAACUUGAUAGAUACGCCGCUCCCCACCGUGUGCAGUGGCAUUUCGCACACUUGCACAACAGAUGGUCAAAACGUGCUUUGGCUGCCGCUGGAUUCGGUCAGCCCACAAGUCAACUCAUGGACCCCAACCGCAAGUGGAAGCCUAUUUUCAGCGUCGCAGAGAUGCACGGCGACCCCCGAGCUAUUCGAAACAAGCUCGACUCGCUCGAUGGUAAGGACGUCGAGAGCGGUUUGCAAAAGGAGCCUUUCGCCUUGUCAACUGAGCAGCCGAAGGAUCUGGAAUCAAAGUCUGUGGAUGAUAGUAUCAGCACUGGUACAGCAACUGACAAGGGUCAACAAAGGAAGGGUUCGACUUCGAAGGUUAUUAUCGAGAACGUGAACAGGCCUUUCUUCCAUGUUGAUUUGACCACCGCUCUUGAUAGCGCUUUGUCUUACACUGACCCUAAGGCUUUUCGUGAUUGA